UUUAGAAUCUGCUUGAGCACUUGCGAAAUUAUUGUUUUGUGAAAUUGCAAAUUGUGCGAUCCUUUGUUGAUAAUAAGGGAGCAAAAUUUUGUAAAAAAAAAAGGAUAAUUCAAUAACUGUGAAAUUAAUAUAGUGAAUCUUAGCUGCAAAUCGUAUUUGGUGCUUAAUAAUAUAAACAUUUUGCAAGCCUAUAUAUCGAAAUAUUCCCAGGAAUUAGAGCUUUCUUUUCUAGGCCAUUGUCAUUGCCAUUGCUGCCAUUUUAGAAUUGCUGACUAAUUGAAUCUCAUUGUCAACCACUACUAACGCGAAAAAUGGAUGAUAAGCAUCGAAAAAUAAUAAAAGAAAACAUUAAUAAACUUAUUCAGCACACUGAAUUGAAACACCUACUUCCAGCCUGUAGGAGUGAGGGUUUACUUUCAGAGCAAAUGGUUUAUAAUCUUCAUUUGGAUUCUAAAAGUAUGGUAGAUAUUGGAGGAUCCCAAACUUUAGAUCAAAUUAUGCACAAAAAACUCUUUGAUAAAAUUACUCACCGAGGUCCGGAAGCAUUCGAUAAAUUAAAAGCAAUUCUUAAAGAGUUGGACUAUGUUGAAGCGCUGCAAGUUUUAGAAAGACAGAGAGAAUUUAACCCUAUCAGAGAAUAUCGUCAGAAUUUAGCACAAGCUACACAAAGUAUUACAGAGAAACCAGUUGAAUUAAUUCCAGCACAGGCGACUGACAUACCUGACAGCGUGCAUUCAAGGGUUGACGAGAAUUCCACACCUAACAUAACAGAGUUCUUGGAAUCAGUUGAUCCAAAAGUGAAAUAUGAAGUUACAAAAGCCAACCGAAUUAAUACAUGUGAACGAAUUGGAACCUAUAAAAUGCAGUCCAAACAACACAGAGGAGUCCUCUUUAUAGCCAAUUAUAUAAAAUUUAAGACUGAUUAUCGCAAUGGAGCCUCAAAUGAUAGUGAUAUACUCAUAUACGUGUUCAGACAAUUAGGUUUUAAAAUAUUUAUAACCACAAAUGGCUCUAGAGAGCAGUUUUUCGAUUUACUGGAUGCGUUAUUAAAGUCGGAUGAUACACUCAAAACCGAGUCUUUUGUCUUGGCAUUUAUGAGUCAUGGCGAACUCGACGGUAAAAAUGAAGAAGAAGUGGCGUUCAGUGAUGGAUCAUUUGUAAAAGUGCAAGAAGUCAUUGAUCGUUUUUCCAACCGAAGAUGUCCCAAUUUAAUGCAAAAACCAAAGGUUCUUAUUUUUCCAUUUUGCCGUGGUCCUAUGCAAGACAAAGGAAUAAAAGCCAAAACAGAGAGUGACACCAUCGCCUUUACUUCGAAUAAGGAACGCAAUGCAGAGUUGUCGGAUUUACUAAUCUGCUACGCAACUAAUAAAGGAUUCAGAGCUUAUAGAGAUGCGGUUACAGGUUCUUGGUAUAUUCAGGGUCUUUGUAAGGCAAUAGCUGAGCAUGCGCAUGAUACACAUUUCGAAGAUAUAUUAAAAAUUGUUCAAAGAAACAUUGGUGAAAUGAAUUCUGAAAACGGAAGUAUACAAAUGGGUAAUUUCCGUAAUAUCGGUUUUAAUUACAAAUUAUUUUUCAAUCCUGGUCAAUCGCAAGAGUAGCUAGAAGCGAAUAUGAAUGUGUGACUUUUACACACCUAUUAUAAGUAUAAAUUUUGAUAUAUACAUAGUGUUACAUUUUAUAAAAAUUUUGUGUACAUCAUUUUUUACAUAUAUACAACGAAAAUAAAAUGUGAUUUAUAUAUUAGAAUAAAGAUAUUGUUUUUAUAUUAUUGUAUAAA